GAUUUUGUAGCGUGCAGCAACGUCACGUGACCCAACAGCGUUACUUUACGGAAGUGAAGUGACUUCUGUAGCGUCGUGUUGUAUGUCUACUAAGGUUUUUUAAGCUCUUACUUUGACUCGCGUUUUGGAGUACUAUUUUAAAUUCGUCUUUGUGUCUGGGCAAAGGAAUUAUGUGGAGUGUCGGCUGCUCUGAUAGACAGUAGGCAUGAAGUGCCUUCUGGUUGCUACAGAAAGUGCUGAGGUCCUUUUCUACUGGACUGAUCAAGCGUUUGAGCAGAACAUUAAGAAGCAAUAUGGAACUUCUCAUGAUGACAGCAGACGUCCUCCAGCCUUUGCAGAUAGUAUCAACACACUGUUUGCCCCAAUCAUCAUCUCGUGUAGUACUAUGUUUGAUCGUCUGGGGGACGGCUACACCUCUUUUAGCACAGAAAAUGGUCACAUCUAUGCACUCCAUCAGUUUGAAGAAUGUUUGUAUAUUGCUGUGAAUGGGGACGGUGAGGAGACUGAUGAAGAUCUAAAAAGAAAGAUUUUUGUACUGAAGAAAUUUACAGAGAUCCUGUUUGGCAUGGUGACCCUCAGCAGCUCCCUCUACAAAAAAGAAUUGCGGCCACCAGACACAGAGCAGAGAAACCGUGUAUGGAAAAAGCUGCAAAGGCUCCUUGAAACAUACAGCCGCUUACGAGAACAGGACCAAAGUUUUCUAGUUGAGGCGGUUGAGAGGCUAAUCCACCCCACACUGUGUGAGCAGUGCAUUGAGUUUUUGGAGCGGCGACUGGUGCAGCAAAUAAACAGCAGUGCAGAGAGAGCAGGAGAGGAGGUGCUGCAUGCCUUCAUACUUGUGCACACCAAGUUGUUAGCUUUCUAUUCAAGUCGUAAUGCCAGCACUCUUAGUUCUUCUGACCUGCUAGCACUGAUCACUAUUGUGCAAGAUCUUUAUCCCAGCAACACUGAGCUUGACGAAACUCUGUCUGAGGAGGUGGACAGCACAUCAGCACCUGAAAUUUUCUAUACUCCAGAGCCUUCUCCCAUUGAGCGAGACUCAGGUCACCUGAGUAAUGACGGUGCUCCUGUCUUCCAGUUUGUGGAUCCUGAUAUUCAGAUGGCUGAAGACAGUCUACAGACUCUUCAGCUCCCAUUGCCAGACCCCAUGACUCCAACCAGAGUAUUCCUGGAAGCAACAUAUAAAGAGGGAUUCUUUCCCAUGAUGCCCCACUCCAUGUAUUGUUUACCUUUGUGGCCUGGAAUUACACUAGUGCUGCUGACCAAGAUUCCUAACAGCCAGGUGGCCAUGUCUGUUUACGUGUUACUGGAGGCUUUUGCUAAGCUCGAAAAGAGGCUGGGUGAAGGUUUAGAAGGGACAGCGGCCUUGCGUGGUCAACCCCCAAUCCAGGAACUCCGUAACAGGGUGGACAAGUUCAUCAGAAUGCUGACCAGCAUGGACAUCCUGACUACACAACUUCAAAACACCUGGGCAGAGUUCAAGAACAAGGCUUUCACCCGGGCUGGACACGGCAUCACAAAAGCGUUGUUACCUACAUGUCGUAACAUUAGGACUCAGCUGUGUGGUGUGUACCAGCAGUGUUUUGCAGCCGUGUGUAUGGGUGCUAAUCAGCGUCUGGCCACUACACUUCAAGCACGGGCCCUGAACAUGAUGCAAGAAAAACUGAUGGACUGGAAGGACUUUCUUUUGGUGAAGAGUAAGAGAAAUAUAACCAUGGUGUCUUACCUGGAGGAAUUCCCGGGUCUAGUGCAUUUCAUUUACGUGGAUCGCACUGCAGGACAAAUGAUUGCGCCAUCGCUCAGUGUGACUGAUGGCUCUGCUUCAGAGCUGGGAAAAGGCCCCAUAGCACACUUUAUUAAAAACAAGCUUUGGAGUCUUGUUGCAACAACAAGGCAUUGUUUGCAGAAAGGCUAUACCACUGUGACUCUACGAGAUGGAGACUUCUACUUCUGCUACUUCUUGUGGUUUGAGAAUGAAACGGGUUACAAGCUAGAGGUGGUAGAUAUUCCUAACCUACCUGAUGACUCCGCUCCCAUAGGAAUGCUUGCUUGGGAUUAUUACAGGAAGCUGCUGCGCUUCUACAGUAAGAGUCACCAGAAUGAGCUGGUGAAGUGCUAUGAGCUGCUAACCAUGCACCUCGGUGUUGUCCCCACGGAGUACAUCCUUCAGCACUGCAGCCAGCUGGCCCGCAAGUUGUGGGAGCCAUCGCGCAUUCCGCUCUUAUGAACACCUCAGAGUGCUUCCUGUGUGCUGCAUAUGAGAGCUAAUUGAGGCCAUCUUUAUUCCACAGCUGAAAUGCUCUGCAAUGAGUCACUGCACAUACACACAUGCAAAGAUCUCAUUCUGCUGUGUCCAUCCCCGAUUGAGGAUUCUUGUUCCUGCCCAGCUCAGACAAUAAUGACAGAUUUAUCAGGAAAAAUGUGUUUUGAUGUUGAUUGGUCAAGAUAAAGACUCUUUCCAGCUGUUGCACUGAUGCUUUCUAAACACAAACUGUAGAAUCAUUUGCUCAUUCUGCUAAUGUUGGGACAAUAGUUAACCCACUGCAUUUUUCACCAUUUCUGUCUUUUAGGAUAAUAUUGUGUAAAUAAACACUCAAUGUUUAA